AUGAUGCUGCUGUCUAUGUUGCUGAUGUUGUUGUUGUUGUUGUUGUGGCUGCUGUUGGUGAUGAUGAUGCGAGCUCGAUGGCACGACAACCGGAGGCGGAAUCUGCCGGACGAGCGAUGCGAAUAUCGUUAUCGCAUGCACACGAGCAUCCGCGACGAGCUACGACGGUGGCAGCUACGGCUGCGGCGGCUGGUACGGUGGUCAGAUGCUGUCGCGUGCAUGUGUGCAGCUACACUAGAGGGCCCACGUACGCCCGGUCGGCCGCCUACCGGCCACGGGGAACGCGGACGGGUACGCGGACCGUAGAACUCGAAGUGGGGGUGUUCGUUGUGGAACGACUGAGAUAGCACUAUACGCGCAGCUUAUCGCGACCGCGAAGGAUCGACAAGGAAAACGGUACGGAACGGAAAGCGGCGGACGAACGCCUGGACGCUUCCGCUGGAGGGGGAUAAAGCGUCGGUGGGGAACGGAGCCCCAAUCGCGAAGGAACGCGGAUCGCGCGCGGCUCCGCCCGGCCAGGAAAGGCGAGUUCUCUGGUCGCGAGCGCGAGCGCGCCUUUUUACCUCGCGUGUACCGGCUACUAACCGCUGCGACCGAACCACCGACCGAGGGAGAGAAGGUGGAUAA